CUGCUGGUUGGACUUUUCCGCUUUUUCUUUCCCCACGCCUUCCCGUCCCCUCGGUCUCACUCUCGGCCUUUCUAGCGGCGACAUCAGGGGGAGCGGCGCCGCCCAGCAACCGUUCGUCGGGCGCUUCGCCGACGACGAGCGUCCGACAGGUACUCAGCCAUGGUGUUCCUUGAGGCGGAGAUGUCAUGGAAUGUGUUGAUCUCACCUAGCCAGCUGGACCGCAAGGGCCUCCUGCUCCGCAAGGCUAUCAUUGUGUGUCUUCUGGAGGAUGUUACGAAUAGGAGGGCUUCCAAGGAGCAUGGCUACUACAUUGCCGUCAAUCAGCUGAAGGCGAUAUCUGAAGGGAAAGUGCGUGAGCUGACUGGAGAUGUUCUGUUCCCAGUCACAUUCACCUGCAUCACGCAGAAGCCUAUGAAGGGUGAGGUCAUGGUUGGAUACGUGGAUAGGAUCCUCAAGCAUGGCGUGUUUCUCAAAUCUGGACCCGUCGAGAGCAUCUUCAUGGCUGAGAAGUCGAUGAGCGACUACAAGUACAUUGGUGGGGAGAACCCGAUGUUCAUGAACGUCCACUCUAAGCUGGAGAAGGGCACCGCCGUGCGUUUCAAGGUCAUGGGGUUCCGCUGGAUGGAAGCUGACCGCCAGUUCCAGCUCCUUGCUACGAUCGCUGGUGACUUCCUGGGGCCGCUGUGAACUGACUUCCGCAGGUUAAAUGUGGUUCCGAUGUACAUUGUUCAUUAGAUGGUGGAUGGAUGGGUGGACCUGAUGGGUUAGAAUUAAGUUUGCAGUCAGUAGUUUCUCUGUAGUGGGCAAGACAUGUCCGAUGUCUUAUGUGACGGUAAUGCUUUCUGCUGAUGCCAGUGGCGUUUGGCUCUGUGGUUUUAACAUGUCAGUAUACUGUGAUGAACCAGUGUUGCCAUGGAUGCUCACACCUUUCUGUGCUUGCUUGCAAGUGCACGCUACUUGGUGUUCCUUGAUCUGGUCAUCGGUUGAAUUUGCAUUUA